CGCGCAGGUCGUCGUCGGUUAUGGGGGCUCGCGCUUGAAGGGAAAGGGGGCGUGGCCAGCGGCUCUGAGACUGAUGGCGGCGCCAGGCCCUGAGCCUGGAAUGGAGGAGGAGGAAGAAGAAGAGGAAGAGGCCGACGAGGAGCUGCUCCAGCUGGAGACGGAGCCCCCGCCGGUUACGGUGUCCAGAAGGGCCAAAGUUGCUCCUGGGGGCGCCGUCAGGCUCAGCCUGGGCCGAGGCGCGGCGGUGGUAGUAGAAGAAGAGGAGUUGGACCAUGAAGCGGAAGGAGAGGAGUCGGAGCCGCUCCUGGGCGCCGCGGCCUCGGGACGGAGCCGGAGGAGCCGGGAGGGCCUCGCUGCGGCCGCCGCCUCAGCACAUACAGGAAACAUUGGAUGUACAGCAGAGAUGAAUUGCAUUUUGGAUGACGAUCCUGAAUUUGCUGAAAUCAUGCAGCGAGUGGAGCAAGCCAUAGAAUGUGGGGUCUUCCCAGAAAGAAUCUCCCAGGGGUCCAGUGGGAGCUACUUUGUCAAAGAUCCCAAACAAAACACUAUUGGAGUGUUUAAACCAAAAUCUGAAGAGCCUUACGGUCACCUGAAUCCAAAAUGGACCAAAUAUUUUCACAAAAUCUGUUGCCCUUGCUGUUUUGGCAGAGGCUGCCUUGUUCCUAAUCAGGGAUACCUCUCUGAAUCUGGUGCCUAUCUCGUGGACAGUAAACUGGGAUUAGGAGUGGUACCUAAAACCAAGGUUGUCUGGAUCGUUAGUGAGACCUUCAACUACAGUGCAAUAGACCGUGCAAAAUCAAGAGGGAAAAAAUAUGCUUUAGAAAAAGUGCCAAAAGUUGGCAAAAAAUUUCAUCGCAUAGGACUACCUCCUAAGGUUGGCUCCUUUCAGCUGUUUGUUGAAGGCUAUAAAGAGGCUGACUAUUGGCUCAGGAAAUUUGAAACUGACCCUUUGCCUGAGAAUACAAGGAAACAAUUUCAGUCGCAGUUUGAAAAAUUGGUUGUGCUUGAUUAUGUCAUCAGAAACACUGAAACAGAGAGGAAUCUAUGCCUUGUGCACCUAAAUUCUGACCGUAUGUAUUCAUUGUUCUUCUGAUAGGAUAUCCAGUGGAUAAAUGAGAAAGAACCUGUUAUCAAAAUUGCAGCAAUUGAUAAUGGUCUGGCGUUUCCUUUCAAACAUCCUGAUGAGUGGAGAGCAUAUCCAUUCCACUGGGCUUGGCUUCCACAAGCAAAAGUCCCCUUUUCUCAAGAGACAAUUGACUUGAUUCUUCCUCGUAUUUCUGACAUGAACUUUGUACAGGAUCUUUGUGAAGAUCUUUAUGAAUUGUUUAAGACUGAUAAAGGUUUUGACAAAACUACAUUUGAAAAUCAAAUGUCUGUGAUGAGAGGACAGAUACUUAACCUUACUCAGGCACUGAAAGAUGCAAAAAGUCCUCUUCAGCUUGUUCAAAUGCCUCGUGUGAUUGUAGAGAGAAGCCAAGGUGGAGGUCAAGGACGAAUUGUUCACCUGAGCAAUGCCUUUACACAGACUUUUCAUAGCCGGAAGCCUUUUUUUUCCUACUGGUAGCUACAAGGAAAUAUCUUCACUUUAGCAAGACUGUCAACUUCGUAAAGGUUUCAGAAUAAUGUAGUUCUGCUGAAUACCGAGUGCUGGAUUGCCAAAACAUUGGAACUUAAGUUUUUUAUUUUGAAUGUAAUAAGUUUACAGUUUGUUUAAAAUUGUGAAAUUUUACAUCAGGGAAACAAGGAGCCUGUCCUAUAUUGUAUUUUUAUAAACAGUUCAAUGUUUUCUGUAUUUAAUAAUUAAAGGGGGAAAAAUAAAGUUUACAAAUGCCAAAGACUACUUUUGAUUAAACUGUACGAAAGAACUGCUCUGUUGCAUAUGAAUGUCGGAAAUCAUAGUCCAGUUUCAUUUGUUUCAGAUGAAGCACAGCUAUUUCAUUCUUCUGGGAGAAAGUUACCUGACCUUUAAUCUUAAGCAGUUACUGAUUGGUACAUGGUUCUUAUUGAUUUUUGUACUCAAAGCGUCACAAGGGUGUUUCUUAAUCAGCUGAUUGGGGCUUGGGAUCAACAACAUUAUAUAAGUACAUUAUAUAAGUAUGUGAAAAAUAAAGGGCAAGUAAAUGCAUUAAUUUUAAAA